AUGGACGAGCAGGAAAACUCAAGACCCCAGGUCGACCCUCUCGACAAGGAAAUCGCCUCUCUAAAAAAGCGAGUCGCCGCCAUGCAAAAACGUCUCCAAAUAGAAUGCUCGACCAUCCUCUCCUCUUCGCCCAUGCAAGAGAUAAUCCAAGAAGCCUCCUCCAACUCUUCGUCUUUCUUGUUGAAAUCCGCCGCCCACGCCCGCGAUCCCCACGCCGCCUCCCUCCAGAAGCGCUCCGCCCAGCAGGCCGCCUACAUGCAGCAGUGCGCCUACCGCAUCACCACCCCCAUCACCGCCUUUAAAGUCCGCGAUCCGGACCCCAACGCCGUCGACGCCGGCCACGUCCUCGGCCUCCGCUUCGAGGCCAUGUCCCAGGGCCACUUCCUGCGGCCCUACUACGUAAUGCUGAACCGGCCAUACCCCGACUCCCCCUCACACCUCCGCGUCCACCGCCACACCGUGCCGCCCGCCAUCCCCAUUGGCGGCCUCGCCGCCCGUCACCUGCCCCCGCCGCGAGCCGGGACCGCCACUGCUGCAACGCAGCAGACGACACAGGAUCUGGACCGCUUCGCCCGCGCCCUGCGCCGCGAGAUCAUGCGCUUCCACAACCGCCUCGGCCUCACCGCCGACCUGCGGAAAACGGUCGGCGUUCAGCGAAAAGGCAAGGCCGCGGCGGCGGCGGCGCCCACGCCCAGAGAGGUCGUCGAGGCGGGCAUCGCCGACGUCGAGGCCAAGCACGUCAAGCUAGCAUGGGCGGAUGGCCGCAGCGGCCGCAUCCUUAUGGACAAGGACGGCAAGGUGCAGAAGUUUGUCGUGUUUGGGCCAGAGGGGAGGAGGGAUUGGAGAUUGACGAGGCUGCUGUCGGGCCCGAGAGAUGGUGUGGAUGACAUUGCGAGAAAGCUGCGGCGCUAUGCGGCGAGUUGA